GCAUAUUGGAGAUAACUUCUGUAGACAUUGGAGUUGUGGCCGUUAAGUCCAUUAAGAGCAACUAUUAUUUAGCCAUGAACAAGAAAGGAAAAGUCUACGGCUCCAAGGAGUUUAACAGUGAUUGCAAAUUGAAGGAAAGAAUAGAAGAAAAUGGAUAUAACACAUAUGCAUCCUUACAUUGGAAGCACAACGGAAGGCAAAUGUUCGUGGCCCUGAAUGGAAGGGGAGCCACAAAGAGAGGACAGAAAACACGAAGGAAAAACACUUCAGCUCACUUUCUUCCAAUGGUAGUAAUGUCAUAG